AUGGCAGGGAGCAAGGGCGACAGCGAGGCCAAGGCACGCGCCGAAGCGCAUAAGGCCCAAGGCAACGAAGAGUACAAAAAAGGCGACUACGCUGCAGCUGUCGCUCACUACUCGCGAGCCAUCGAGGAGUUUCCCGAGGAGCCUUCCUACUAUGGCAACAGAGCGGCGUCCCGCAUGAUGGAAGGCGAAUGGAAACCAGCCCUCGAUGACGCCCUGAAGGCCACGCAGCUUGACCCUUCCUUCACCAAGGGAUACUUGCGUGCCGGCAAAUGCUACGUCAAGCUGGGUGACUUUGUGCGGGCCAAGAUGCAGUAUGAAAAGGAAUAUUCGAGCGAUGACUGUCCUCUUACUCCUCUCAACGUUGGAUGGCCUCCACUUUACAUUCCAGCCCUGGGUCUGGAGCCAAACAACGCCGAUGCCAAGAAAGAGCUUCACUUAGUCACGAAGGUGCAGAGCGAAAUCGACCAGGGCAAACGGUUGCUGGACCAGGGCAAGUACAUGGAAGCCGUCAGAGCAUUCGCUGAAGUCCUCGCCGAGGUUGAGGCUUCCUUGCCGGUCAUGGUCCUCAAGGCGCGUGCCUUGCUUGGGCUGGGCCAGCACGACCAGGCCUCGAAGAUUGCUUCGCUAGUCUUGCGCCAGGAGCCUCACAAUGUGGAAGCCCUCUUCGUCAGGGGUAAGGCACUGUUCCGCUCGGGAUCAUUGGACCAUGCGGCAACACACUUUGCGCAGGCGCUGCGCCUUGACCCUGACUUCUCGCCUGCGCGGGAAGCGCUCAAGAUUGUUCGGGCCGUAGAGCGUGCCAAGAAGGACGGAAACGAUGCCUUUUCUUCCGGCAACUAUGAAGCCGCCAUUGAAUUCUACACCGGCGCCCUCCAGGCCGACGCCAAGGAAGAGCUCUUCUGCAACAGGGCAGCAGCCUUGGAGCUCCUCGGCAAGCUCGAGGAGGCUGUGCAAGACUGCAACAGGGCACUCAGCCUUGACGCCAACUACCUCAAAGCCUACUUGCGUCGAGCGCGCGCCUACACCCGAAUGGAACGCUACGAGGAGGCGGUACGGGACUACGAACAAGCAAAAAAGCUAGACCCGGAAAACGCCGACGUUCGGCACCGACUGCGGGAGGCAAAGCUGGAGCUCAAGAAGUCGAAAAGGAAGGACUACUACAAGCUCCUGGGUGUUCCCAAGGACGCGAACGAUGACCAAAUCAAGAAGGCCUACCGCAAGCUCGCUCUCCAAUGGCACCCAGACAAGCAUGGGCAUUCGCCUGAGGCGGCCCUGAAGGCUGAAGCGAUGUUCAAGGAGGUCGGCGAAGCGUUUAGCGUUCUCUCUGACGCCAAAAAGAGGCAAAGGUACGACAUGGGAGCAGACCUUGAUGAACUGGAAGGCGGUGGCGGCGGAUUUGGCGGAGCAGACGUGGACCCAAGUGAGCUGUUCAACAUGUUCUUUGCAGGUAUGGAUGGCCUGCUUUUAGCAAAUGGCGUGCGUGUACAGCUCCUGACCGAAGCAUGUUGUGGCAGGUGGUCAUCCUGGCUUUGGUGGAGGUGGAUUCCCUGGUGGAGGUGGCCGGCGGCGCCAAGGCCACCAGCACUUUGGCUUCUGACCUUGUGCUCUCUUUCUUUGGUUUUUAUUUUUUUCAAAUAA